AAGGGGGAGAGAGAGAGAGAGAGUGAGAGAGCAAUGCGGGAGGUGGUCUGUGUUGGAGGCGCCUUGGACCAGGGCAGGAGGAGGGAGCAGUAGGGAAGGAGCAGCGCGUCUGUGCGUCUUUGGAAAGGAAGAUCAUCGGAAGGGAACCGCGUCGCUCACUCCCAACCCACGACUCCAAAGACAUGCAGCACCUCCUGAUAUUCCUCAUCUACCUGGACCCCCUGAACCUGCUGAUCUGGGCCGAGAGGACUCGCAGCAGCAACAAGACCCUGGGCUCCCCCAGGCGCCAGGACUUGUCUCACCCCAGGGAGCAGCGGGUCAACUCCACGGCGGUGGUCCCUGUGCUGCAGAUCAGCAGAAUGAAGCCCCUGGUCCUGCAGAACUCGGAGAAGUGUCGGGGUCACUACGACGUGGCGGGACAGUGGGACCCGGACUUUGAGUGUAACAAAACCUCCUACAAUUACUGCUGUGGCACCUGCUUCAUGCGUUACUGCUGUCAGGACAAGAACUACAAACUGGACCAGAACACCUGCAACAACUACGUGACCCCCAAACGCGAGCCUUCGCAAGUGACCACAGAGCCCGACCCCGACAAGUUCAAGGAUGAAUACGAUCCGUCCAAAGACCAGACCAACACCACUGUCUACAUCUCCUGUGGGGUCAUCGCCUUUGUCAUCGUGGCCGGAGUCUUCGCCAAAAUCACCUACGACAAAGCCACCAGACCUCCUCGGGAAAUGAACGUGUCCAGGGCUCUGGCAGACAUUCUGAGGAACCAGGGUCCAAUCCCAGUCCCGCACUGCGAGAGAGAGAACGUCACCGCCAUCGACGGGAUCCCCAAGGGAAAUUCCCCUGUGAGAACCUCCAAAAACCACUUCACCCCCAUCCGUACAACUAAGGGUAGUCAUGGACUUUACGGGAAAGACACGAGCUCUGGUCACGGCUACAGCAGGGGAGCGCCAGAUUUGCAUGACUUCAUCUCUUCAGGAUUUGUGACGCUGGGACGAGGGCACCUUAAGGAAACUUUCAGAGAUCCCUUCCAAUAUUCCAAACCAACAAGCCAUAAGGAACACACUGCCUAUCUGGAUUGGGAAGCCAAUACUGUUCAGAGGUUUCCCCAAAGAUGCAGAGAACUUGGAUCUCUUGAAAAACCACGGAUGAACAGCAUCCUUACAUCCGCGACGGAGCCCUACGAUCUUUCUUUCUCAAGAUCCUACCAGAGCCUAUCCCAUCUCCCGCCAUCGUACGAGUCUGCAGUCAAGUCUGACUUAAGCGAGAAAGAGAUUGAUGAAUACUACAUGAAGAAGAGACACCUGCCAGACUUGGCGGCCAGGGGAACUCUGCCUCUGCACGUGAUGAAAAUGAACCCAGAACAAAGUAACUACAGAGACAGACCUCGCCGGCCUGUCAGGGCCAUGUCCCAGGACAGAGUCCUGUCCCCGGAGAGAGAGGUGGCUCAGCAGUGCAUCAUGGCUUACGAAAGAAAUCUGUCCGAAGAGCAGCUCUUGUCAGCCGAACGCCUUCAGUCGCAAGAUCCCCUCCUCUCCCCGGAUAAGGUCAUGUCCUUGAAACGCACCCUGUUCCGAGAGAAGGCCAUGUCCAGAGCCUUGUCCCAAUCACACACAGAUGUCUUUGUAUCCACACCAGUCUUAGACCGUUAUAAGAUGACAAAAAUGCACUCGCAUCCCAGUGCCUCAAACAAUUUGUACAAUACCUUGAAUCCCAAUCAGGCGAAUCAAACAAAUCACAUCGUUGCCAAGCGACAUGCCUUUGCUUCGAGACGGCACAACACAGUUGAACAGCUCCACUAUAUCCCAGGACACCACCAUAACUACCGCACAGCCAGCAAAACAGAAGUAACUGUUUGAUCUUAAUAGUGUGCAUUGCCGAUUUCACGAUGAGAGAGUGUGGAAGGUUUGCCCAGAGGCGAGGCGUUGUGAAGCCGCACUAAUUACUUGUGCCCUAAUUUCUUAUAAAAAAAACGAAAGCGCAUUCGUUCAUCCAAGCAAAAUGGUGUAUCAUACCAGGCUUUAGUCUCUUCAGAGACAUUCAGCGUUACUUCCCAUCUCAUCUAAAGGUUCCCAUUUUAGUUGGUGGAUGAGAACAAUGGACCCCAGCAAUCUCAUCCAAGUGACGUGACAGUUUCUGUCAAAGGAAGCCAUGCGACCUGACAUGGUAUUAAAGGGCUUAAAAAUUAUAAAGUCAGUGGUCAAAGAUCUAACCAACUCGUAGCACGUUUUGGAGUAGAUAGAUAUUUAGUGGAAAUUCCUGGUUAUUAAUUUUGUAGAUAGACAAAUUUG